AUGGUCGAGAGUGCCGCUGUUCGUGAUAUCUCAGACGCCUCUGUCUAUCCUGAUUUGUCUCUACAGUCGUCCGUGUUCGCUCCCGAGAAGGAUGGCAAGAGGGUGAAUCCAGUGGUGGCUGCCGCAGAAGAUGCCAAGGCUGCAGCCGCCCGAGUACCACCCGGCCUGCAAGGCGGUGGGUUCAUGUAUGUAUCGGUCAGUCUACCGCCCAUACGCGGAGUAUCGUACACUUUUGAAAGCAUGUCUCACGUCAAUAAACUCUCGAGUUGUCAGAGUGCGGAUGGCUACAGUCUGAGCAAAGGUGACCAGCAUCAGACUGGCCAACUCAAAGUGAGGGUCAGACCCGACAAUAAGGAAAUGUCAGUCUCUCUCCAUUCUCCACACCGUCCGUGA